CCAGCUUGAUUAUCACAUCUGUUGAUCUCUCCUUGAACAGAACUCCUUCCAUCGAUCCUUCCAUAUCUCAAUUCUUUCAUAAUCAUAUCAUACCCCCCACCCUGCAAAAUCCUCCAGAAAAUCUCAAGACAUCAUGAAAACUUUCAACCACGGAGAAACCAAAUCGACCUUCGCGUCUCUCGCGUCUCUAUUAAUCCUUAUCCCCGCUGUUUGCUGCUCGGGUAAAACCUCAGCUCACAAACUCAGCAAGAAGCAAUUGCCCGUUCACUCCGAAGACUGGAUGAUACUCCCCAGCCAUGGCCUCAUGCUCACUCACUACCAAACCGGCCCCAAACACGUCAACGGAGUCCCGGUCAUCUCCCGAAGAGACGCCGACAUCUCACUCUUCUCUUCAGCUUUGAGCGGCUUGACGAGUAGCCAGGAUGAUUUCCUCGAUUGGGACGCCGAACUGGUAACGGACCUCAAGAAUGCACCGUUGCAAGACGCGUCUUCCCGCGACGUGGUCACACGCAGCGGACUAGUCCAUAUAACCAGAAACUCUCAAGGAAAGGAUGCAGUCCGAAUCGAAGCCUCACCUCUCUUGGCCAAGCCCCUCACCCUUUCACCAUACAAUCCCAACAGAACCAUCAAGCGAUUCACCCAAAUCAAGCGGUCAUCAAAGAAGCAAAAUGUCAAACUCCCCAAAUAUAACCCCAAAGCUCUGUCUAAAUCCAAGGGCUUGCAGACGCUCUUAAACCCAACCCAUCCUCAAUUAGAUGUCGCCAAGGGUGCAAUCAUUCAAACCAAAAUCACUUGGUAUACCGGCCACGACUUAUUGAACCCGUAUUGCGCACAAAAAUCCGGAUGGACUCCAACCGACAGCUCGUUGAUCAUCGCUGUUACCCAAGAAUGGAAGCAGAGACCGAAGUGCGGCGACUUCUUUGAGAUCACCGUUGUUGACAAGCAUGCCGGUCAAGUCGGGAAGUCGGUCAUUGCCCGAGUUGUUGACCUUUGUGGCGGAUGCGCACCCGAACGCGCUCACGCCGACUUGAGCAAGGCCGCAUUCACGAAACUCUUCACUCUCGAUGUCGGUGUUGUCUCUGGCCUGGCCAUGCGAAAGGUCGCACCGCCCAAGAAGUGGAACGUCGCCCUCUAUGGUCCUCGGGUACUCUAAUCACCUUCUUCCUCCCUUCUCGGAUCACCUGAUCUUCAUCUUAAAAUUUGUUUUUGUUUGUUUGUUUCGAGCCG